AAUAUAUGUCGUAACUCCUCUAACAGCUUGCUACCGAAAAUAAUCAAUGGUGGCAUCGCCGGCAUCAUUGGUGUCUCUUGUGUCUUCCCGCUGGAUUUGGUCAAAACCCGUUUACAAAAUCAACAAGUUGGCCCAAAUGGCGAAAAAAUGUAUAAAAACAUGUUCGACUGCUUUCGCAAGACAUAUCACGCCGAGGGCUACUUCGGUAUGUAUCGUGGUUCGGGUGUCAACAUAUUACUCAUCACACCUGAAAAAGCGAUCAAGCUGACUGCCAACGAUUACUUUCGUCACAAGUUGACCACCAAGGAUGGUCAAUUGCCGAUGACCAGUCAAAUGUUGGCAGGUGGUUUAGCUGGUGCAUUCCAAAUUAUUGUUACUACUCCUAUGGAGUUAUUAAAGAUUCAAAUGCAAGACGCGGGUCGAAUUGCAGCGCAGGCUAAAUUAGCUGGCAAAACAGUCGAAAAAGUUUCGGCAACUAAAUUAGCCUCACAGUUAAUCAAGGAGAAGGGUAUUUUCGGUCUAUAUAAGGGUAUCGGGGCAACUGGCGCGCGCGAUGUAACAUUUUCCAUUGUUUAUUUCCCACUAUUUGCUACGUUAAAUGCGCUGGGGCCACGCAGAAAUGAUGGUUCUGGAGAGGCAGUAUUCUGGUGUUCCUUCCUGUCUGGUUUGGCAGCUGGUUCAUUUGCUGCGCUCUUUGUCAAUCCGUUGGAUGUGGUGAAGACGCGUUUGCAGGCUAUUAAGAAAGCGGAUGGCGAGAAAGAGUUCAAGGGCAUCGUCGAUUGUGUUAGUAAAACAUUCAAGUACGAAGGUCCGACUGCAUUUUUCAAGGGCGGGCUCUGCCGAAUGAUUGUGAUCGCGCCACUCUUUGGCAUUGCGCAGAUGGUUUACUUCCUGGGCGUCGCAGAAGCAAUGCUAGGUCUUAAAAAUAAGGAUUAAACGCACACAAGUUAAACUUGCAGAUAAUUUAGUUUUACUAUAUAUAUGAAGUCAAAAGAUGAUUGUAGAUAUAAUUAGCACCAAAAGGCAAACUAUCUAAAGCUGGAAUUUUAAAGUAAACUAGCAACAUCGAACUGAACUACAUUCACAACUAACUCUAUGUAUUAUAAAUGUAAUGGAAUUGCAUUUUAUCGAGUUCUGUCCGUAAAUAAACUUCAUGUACUAAAUACUCGUUCAAAUUAUGCACACUUUGAGAUUGUUGUUGAAAAAUGGUGUUAUUUACAUGUAUACAAAUAAAAAUAUAUGUACAUAUGUAUAGUACACAAGGUACACAAGAGGGUGCGCUAAUUAAGCGCUCAUACAAAUACAGCAAAGCCAUGUCAACUCAAAAAUAUAUGCAAACAGAAACCAAUAUGCUUAAGAAUAUAAUGCAAAAAGAUUUGUUAAAACAGAGCAAAAAAGAAAUAUACAUAGACAUUAAUUAAAGUUGUGUUUAUAAAUUAAUAGCAAACGCUUAUAAAAAAGUGAUUUUAUUUAUAGAAAAAAAUAUUUAUGUCAUGAGUAUUGAUUAUAAAGCUUAACAUUCUUUUUUAGUAAAAAAUUGUAUUAAACGAAAAGAGUUAAAAAUAAUGUGAUUAUCUCUUUGUAGAUGUUGAGUUUUGAGGAACUGACCAAUUUUCUGCCAACUCUUACUAUACAACAAUAGCAUAUGUUUGUAUGUAUGUAUCUAUCUACAUUUGUAUUAAAAACAUGCGCAUAAAAACUUGCAUAUGCGCCAGACAAUUAACAUAAUGACAAUAAACUGCAGCAGCUAUAGAUGCAUUAGAGGCAGCAGAGCAAAGCAGCCACAAAUUCAAUACAAAUUGAGAAAAUUAUGAAUUUAUAAAUUAAAAUCUGCUUAAAUUUAUAACCAAAAUAUACACUAUACACACUUAAAAAUAUUGAUUGUUUAACUAUAUAAUCGAAAAAGUUAUAUUGCGCAAGCUUUAGUGUAGCGUGACUGCUUUUGUAAGCAAAAUAUUGUGCAAAUUGUUGCUAUUUAGAAAAGGAGGAAGCAUUGCUUUACAAUAGUAUUAAAUUGCAUUAUUAAUUGAAAAAAUUUGUUGAAAGUUGCUCUUUAUUGCUCUCAAUUGCAUUUGCUCCCAAUGCUUUUUCUGCAUUUGUAUGUAUGUUUUAUGUAAUUUAUAGCUUAAUUAGCCCAAUUUAAAUGUGUUUGAAUAGGCGUAAAAAAUAAUCUUGUAUUUUGCUUCAAUAGAAAUUAUGGUCCAAUAAAUGUUGCAAACGUAUAUUUCAAAUAAAAAAUGUAUGCCAUGAACAACUUUA